CAUUUUUGCCCUUUUAUUCAGCAGUUUAUCAUUAAGAUGGUCCUUAUCUUUACUUGCCAGUUUGAAAAUAUUUUAGUAGCAUUAAGCUGAAAUAAUGGAGCUGGUGCACUGUUUAUUUGUCCUGGGCUUUGUCUGGCUUUCGCACGCCCAAACAACUGAUUCCAGUACAAAUGGAACAGAAGGAUGUGACCACAAUAAGGCAGACAUUGUGUUCCUCUUAGAUGCCUCUUACAGUGAAGGGCAGGACAACUUUCGCAAGCAGCUAGACUUUGUCAGUAACUUCACUCAAGGAUAUGACAUUGGUCCAGACAAGGUGCAAGUCGGUAUAGUAACGUUCUCAUCGUAUCCACACAAUGCAUUUUACCUGAACACGUACAAAGACAGACAGACCUUGUUGAAUGGCAUCAAGAAUGUUCCUUACAAGUCAGGUGGCACAUCGACUGAUGACGCAUUGAAAUUCGUACGGACAGACAGUUUCACAACAGCUCACGGUGGUCGGUUUGGUGUUCCAAAAAUAUUGGUGGUAAUGACAGACGGACAAUCAAGCGACCCGACAGGAACGGCCACGGAAGCUAGAAUCCUGCAUUACGAUAAUAUCAAAGUUAUUGCUAUUGGUAUCGGUAGCGGUGUCAAUACUAAGGAACUUAAUGCAAUAGCUACUGACACCCAACAUUCUUUCACCGUACCGUCAUUUGACUCCCUGCAAACAAUCGAGAAGGAUAUUCAGACAGCAACAUGUGUGUCUGAGAAAAUUGAUUUAGUGACAUGUGAAAGCAAACAAGCUGAUAUCGUUUUUGUCCUUGAUGGAUCAGGCAGUGAGACAGCCGUCAAUUUUCAGAAACAACUUGAAUUUGUCAGUAAUGUUACAAACACAUUUGACAUAGGACCCAACGAUAUUCAGGUUAGUCUUGUAACAUUCGACACCCACGUGUUCAACGAGUUCUUCCUCAAUGCGUAUCAUAACAAGACGGAUGUUAUAAAUGCUAUAAUGAGUGCAAAAUACAAUGGUGGAACGACAAACACAGCCGAAGCCUUGAAGUUUGUCCGCCAAAACAGUUUCAAACCUGAGAACGGUGGCCGAGGUAACGCAGUAACCAGACUUGUUGUUGUACUAACAGAUGGAAACUCGAAUUCCCACUAUUCCACAAAAAUGGAGGCAACUAAUCUCCACCAUGCCGGAGUAAAGGUCAUAUCUGUUGGUAUUGGGUCCUCGGUGUCGACGACAGAACUUACAGACAUCGCUACUGAUGCUAACCACGUGUUUAAAGUUGCUAACUUUAACUCGCUUGAUUCAAUACAAAGAGAGCUAGAAUCGGCUGCAUGCACAACACCAUCAGAAUGCGGAGACAAACCAACAGAUAUUGUUUUUGUUUUGGACGCUUCAAGCAGCGAUGGUGCCGCCAACUUUCAGAAACAGUUGGACUUCAUGACUGACUUUGUGAAACAGUUUGAUAUUGGACCAAGUGAUGUCCAGGUUUCACUUAUAACUUUCAGCUCAUCGGCACACAGUGAAUUUUACCUUAAUACAAACAAGGAUAAACCUAGCCUUAUUGCUGACAUACAGUCUGCAAGAUACCGCGGAGGAACCACGGCGACGUACGACGGUUUACGUUACGCACGUUACUACCACUUUGCGCAUUAUCAUGGGGGACGAGCUAACGCAACUAAAUUAGUCAUUGUUUUGACCGACGGUCGCUCAAAUGACGUCAGCAGAACUAUCACCGAGGCUGUCCAACUUAAGAAUUCAGGAGCAAAGGUCAUUUCAAUUGGUAUUGGUUCAAAUGUAAAUCAGUAUGAACUGAACACCAUAGCAACUGACAGAAAUCACGCCUUCACUGUUGGUAGCUUCGACAUUCUUCAUACACUGCAGGAAGAAAUCAAAGACGAAUCUUGUGGAGAAGGAAAACCAAAACCAACACCAAAUCCCGAAUGUGGCAGCCAGCCGGCAGAUAUUGUUUUUGUGCUCGAUUCUUCCGCCAGCGAAGGAAGUUCAAACUUCCAGAAACAGGUCGAUUUCGUCAGGGACUUCGCUUACCAGUUUGCUAUUGGACCACAGGAUGUUCAGAUAAGUGUUGUAGUUUUCAGCAGCGGUGCCCAUGAACAGUUCCCACUGAACAAGUACCACGACCAAGCAUCUCUCUUGGCGGCUAUCUCCAGGAUAACAUACAACAGUGGAGCGACAUAUACAGAUAGGGCACUGUCUUACGUUAGAACUAGCAGCUUCACUGCAGCCAAGGGAGCUCGACCGAAUGCAACAGAUCUUGUAGUUGUUAUAACAGACGGACAGUCAACCCAUCCUACAGAAACUUCUAAAGAAGCCAUCCUGCUGAAAAACAGAGCAAACACAAAAGUUGUCGCAAUUGGUAUCGGAAAUGGGGUAGAUCACAGUGAACUGGAGAAAAUAGCUUCUGACAGUGCGCAUGCGCUCGCCGUGGCAGACUUUAAUGCUCUCGCCACCAUUAAAUCAGAACUUACAUUCGUAGCUUGUCAAACGUGUGGCUUCAUUUCAAAAGCUGACAUUGUCUUUGUGCUCGACGCCUCCUCAAGUGAAGGCACUCUGAACUUCCAGAAACAACUGGAUUUCGUGUCACGUGUCGCAAAUGACUUCCAGAUUGGACCUAACCACGUCCAAAUUGGCAUGCUCACAUUCUCUGACUAUCCCAACCUGGAGUUUUACCUCAACCAAUAUCCAGAUAAAUCCACCUUGCUGAGUGCUAUCCAGAAAACUGGUUACUUAACUGGGAUCACAAACACUGAUCAAGCCCUGAAGUACACCCGCGAGAACAUGUUCUCCCCAAAACAUGGCGCUCGGGAUGACGCCCAGAACUACCUAAUCAUAUUAACGGAUGGCGCCUCAUCCAACGCAAAUCUGACUCUCCAACAAGCCAAUCUGCUGAAAAGCCAAAACAUUGAUAUCCUUGCGAUCGGCAUUGGUUCAAAUAUAAAUCAAAACGAGUUGAAUGGUAUUGGGUCCGAUUCUAACCACGUGUUUACAGUCUCUACAUUUGAUGCACUCAAAACAGUUCGGGCAGAUAUUAAGAAAGCAGCGUGUGAAGAAGUGACUACUACAACUACUACACCAAUGCCCACAACAACUAUGAAGACUACCACAACAGAGCAUUUCAUACCAGACACAACAACAGAACAUUUUAUACCAGACACAACCACUCUUGGAGAUGAGCCACAGGCACAGAAUUGUCUUCAUUGUCCAGGAACAAUAUUAAGCAUUUAUUCGAAAGAAGACAUGUCGGUCUUAAUUUCAAAAAAUGUUUAUUUGAAAGUUUUCAUCUUUGUUACAUGCCUCGUCUAUUCCAAUGCACAAACAGAUGACUGUGGACAUAGUAAGGCGGACAUAGUUUUUCUUCUCGAUGCUUCUACGAGCGAGGGUGAAAACAAUUUCAGAAAACAAUUAGAUUUUGUAGGAAACUUUACAAAUGCCCAUGCAAUAGGUAAAGAUGGAUUACAGGUGGGAAUAGUAACGUUUUCUACGCAACCCAGAAAUCAGUUUAACCUCAACAGAUACUCAGAUAAAGCAUCUCUUCUCAAUGCCAUACAAAAUGUACCAUACGCUUUAGGUGACACGUAUACAAACGAGGCACUGAAAUAUGUCCGACAGAAUAGUUUUACGGCCGCUCACGGAGACCGAAGUGGAGUACCAAACAUUCUUGUUGUGAUGACGGACGGCGAGUCAACUAUACCCACGGCAACUGUAACAGAGUCAGCACUGCUACAUAAAACGGAUAUCACAGUAGUGGCAAUUGGGAUCGGAAGUCGUAUACAGAUUACGGAGCUGAACACCAUAGCUUCAGACAGACAACAUGCAUUUACAGUGCCGUCUUUCGACUCCCUACACUCCAUUGAAAAGGAGAUCCAGAACGUUACUUGUGUCACAGAAAAAUCUGAAACAACAACCUUACCGACAACUAGCAGCACUACCACCAGCACUACCACCAGCACUACAACCGUCACCACAACUUCAAUCCCGUCUACAAUAGCAGACUGCGGACAUAGUAAGGCGGACAUUGUAUUUCUUCUUGAUGCUUCUACGAGCGAGGGUGAAAACAAUUUCAGAAAACAAUUAGAUUUUGUAGGAAACUUUACUAAAGCCCAUACAAUAGGUAAAGAUGGAUUACAGGUUGGAAUAGUAACGUUCUCUACCCAACCCCGAAAUCAGUUUAAUCUCAACACAUACUCAGAUAAAGCAUCUCUUCUCAGUGCCAUACAAAAUGUACCAUACGCUUUAGGUGAUACGUAUACGAACGAGGCACUGAAAUAUGUCCGACAGAAUAGUUUUACGGCUGCUCACGGAGACCGGAGUGGAGUACCAAACAUUCUUGUUGUGAUGACGGACGGCGAGUCAACUAUACCCACGGCAACUGUAACGGAAUCAGCACUGCUACAUAAAACUGAUAUCACAGUUGUGGCAAUUGGGAUCGGAAGUCGUAUACAGAUUAAGGAGUUGAACACCAUAGCUUCAGACAGACAACAUGCCUUUACAGUGGCGUCUUUCGACUCCCUACAAUCCAUUGAAAAUGAAAUCCGGAACGUUACCUGUGUUACAGAGAAAUUAGAAACGACAACUUUACCUACAACAAGCACUACUACCACCAGCACUACAAUUGUCACCACAAUUUCAAUCCCUCCAACAAUUGCAGAAUGUGCUCAUAACAAGGCUGACAUUGUAUUCCUCUUGGAUUCCUCCAUCAGUGAAGGAGACGAGAACUUUAAAAAGCAAUUAGACUUUGUUGGUAAUUUCACAAAGGACAAGGAAAUUGGUCCUGAUAAGGUACAAAUUGGAAUUGUCACAUUUUCGUCAAGCCCGCACAAUGCUUUUAAUCUCAACACAUACAGCGACAAGCCUUCGCUCAUUCAAGGAAUACACAGCGUCAAAUAUAUGUCAGGUGAUACGUAUACAAAUUUGGCGCUAAAAUAUGUUCGAGAGAAUAGCUUUCUAGCAUCACGUGGUUCUCGCAGUGGUGUACCAAAGAUUCUAGUGGUAAUGACAGAUGGUGGGUCUACAAUUCCAACAGAAACAGUAAAUGAGGCUGCCAAGCUGCACAAUACUGAUGUAAAGGUAAUAGCAAUUGGUAUAGGGAGUCAAGUACAGAUUACGGAACUGAACACCAUUGCUUCAGAUAGACAACAUGCCUUUACAGUGCCAUCUUUUGACUCCCUACAGUCAAUUGAAAAGGAAAUUCAAAGGGUUACAUGUGUUACAAAUAAAGUUGUGCAACCAAGCCCUGCUGCAAUCGUAGACUGUGUUCAUAACAAAGCUGACAUUGUUUUCUUGCUUGACUCCUCCACCAGUGAGGGUGAGGACAACUUCAGGAAACAACUAGACUUUGUAGCUAAUUUUACUAAGGGCUACGAUAUAGGACCAGCAGCCGUGCAGGUGAGCAUUGUGGCUUUCUCAAACCAACCGCAUAACAUCUUCUACCUGAAUAAAUACACGGACAAACUGUCACUGAUAAAUGGAAUCAGAAAUGUUCAUUAUUACCGAGGUGAUACAUAUACCGACCAAGCCUUGAAGUUUGUCAGAGAAAACAGUUUUUUACCCGUGCAUGGAUCACGUUAUGGUGUGCCCAACAUUCUGGUGGUGAUGACUGAUGGAGAAUCAACAAGACCGACUGCAACAGUCAUUGAGGCGAAAACAUUACAUUAUACCGACAUUAAAGUGAUCUCAAUUGGAAUUGGUAACCGUGUGAAUCCGACAGAGCUGAACAAAAUUGCUACUGACCACGAACAUGCAUUCAUUGUUCCUUCGUUUGAUUCGCUACAAACUAUAGAACAUGAAAUACAAGCAGUUACUUGUGUAUCAGAAAAACGUGUUACAUGCGACAAUAAGAGGGCGGAUAUCGUUUUUGUUCUUCAUGCAUCGAGAAAGGACAUCUUUAUGACUGAAUUAGACUUCGUUCGGAACGUAACCGACGUGUUGAGUGUCGGAUCAGGCAAUAUCCAAGUUAGCCUUGUUACAUUCGGGAGUCAAGUUUACAACGAAUUUUUCCUGAACGAAUAUACGAGCAAAUCUGAUAUAAUGAGAGCAGAACUCAACGCCAGUUAUAUCAGCGGCGAGGCUAAUACUCCUAUGGCGCUAGAAUUUGUGCGCAUAAACAGUUUUAAAUCCGAGAACGGUGCUCGUGGAAACUCUGUUACAAGGUUAGCAAUAAUCAUAACAGAUGAAGAUUCAAACGUGCUCUAUACAACGAAAAAUGAAGCUGCAAACCUACACCACAUCGGUGUCAAGACUAUCUCUAUUGGCAUUGGGAGUUCUGUAUCUCACGCUGAACUGGACAAUAUUGCAUCAGAUCAACGUCACGUGUUUUCUGUAACGGACUCGACAAAUCUAGGAUCAUUACAACAAGAGAUUGAAAAUGUUGCAUGCACAGCUACAUCUGGAUGCGGAGACAAACCAACUGAUAUAGUAUUCAUCCUGGAUAGUUCAGCCACCGAAGGCAGAGACAACUUCCACAAAGAACUGGACUUUAUGAGUGAAUUCGUCAAACAGUUUGAUAUAGGUCCAAGUGAUGUUCAGGUUUCUCUCAUUACCGUUGGAUCAAGCCCCCACACAGAGUUCUACCUUAACGAAUAUAAAGAUAAAGCAAGUUUGAUUUCUGCAAUUCAGACGUCAAGGUAUUUGGGUGGUGGCACAGAUCUUUAUAAUGGAAUAAGUUUUGCCCGCUAUUACCAUUUUUCGGCAAGCCAUGGUGCCCGGCCAAAUGCUAAUAGACUGGUCGUAGUCGUCACAGAAGGAAACUCGAGAGACCCAAGUAGGACUUUAUAUGAAGCCCAGUUACUACAGAACACAGGAGCAAAGAUUACCACAAUAACUAUUGGACAGAAUGUGAAUCAGUACGAACUAACAAACAUAGCGACUGACCGUAACCACGCCUUCUCUGUUGGAAGCUUUGAUAUUCUCCAUACAGUACUACAGGAAGUUACAGAGGAAACAUGUGAAGGUGCAAAACCAUUGCCAGUACCUAUGACAGAUUGUGGAAAAGAACAAGCAGACAUAGUCUUUAUCCUUGACUCCUCUUCGAGUGAAGGGAGGGUCCACUUUCAGACACAAUUGGACUUUGUCCGAGAUUUUGUCUAUCAGUUCGCAAUUGGACCAAAUGCAAUACAAGUAAGCGUUGUAGUAUUUAGUACUUAUGUGAAGGAAGAAUUCCCGCUAAAUAAGUAUCAUGACCAGGCAGAUUUACUCUCCGCCAUUUCAAAGAUUCAUUUUGUUUCCGGGGCAUCUUCGACGGAGAAAGCCCUUCACUUUGUAAGGACCAACAGCUUCUUGGCAAGUAAAGGUGCUCGACAAAACGCUACUGACAUUGUUAUUCUGCUCACCGACGGUAGGUCUGGUCAUCCUCAAGACACAAAGAGAGAAGCACUCCUUCUGAAAAAUCGACCGAAUACCAAGGUUAUUGCUAUUGGAAUCGGAUCUGCGGCUGACAGAAAUGAACUGCGAACGAUUUCAUCAAACAACGAAAGUGCAAUACAAAUAACAAACUUCAAUGUUCUAACAACGUUGAAACCGCAGCUGACUUAUCUGGCCUGUCAUACUUGUGACUUCUUUUCUAAGGCUGAUAUUGUGUUUGCAAUCGGAGUAUCCAAUCAGAGUGCGUUUAAUUUUCAUAAAGUCAUCGAUUUCGUAUCUACAAUCGUCAACGACCUUCAGAUAGGUGUCAACAAUGUCCACGUCGGAGUUCUAACAUUCUCGGGGUCUCCGACUAAAGAAAUCAGCUUGAAUCAAUACACCAGUAAAGCAACUCUUCUCAGCGAAAUACAGAAGAUAGGUUACCAUAGCAACGGCAACUCGAAUGUAAAUGAAGCGCUUGAGUUUGCACAAGACAACAUGUUCCCGAGUUCACGUGUUGAUAGAUAUACAGUCCAGCGCGAACUUAUCAUAAUAACUGAUGGUUUUGUAUCAAACACAACAAUAACUACGAAGCAAGUAAACUUGAUAAAGAGUGAUACAAACAUUAUAGUUGUAGGGAUAGGAUCUAGAGUCCACAUAAGUGAAAUGACCAGAAUUACUUCUGACAAAGACCAUGUAUUUGCAGUAAACACAUUCGAUGAUUUGCAGAAAAUUCGGAAUGAUGUGAAGAUGGCCUCUUGUGAAGACUUUGCAACAACAGCUUCACCGACUACUAAAACCAGUACAGUGAUACCUACCCCGAAAGCACAGUGAUGCCAGAUCUAUGCG